UACCAGUAUCAGCUCCUACGGUGUAAUGUUGAUUUGUUGAAGAUUAUCCAGCUUGGCCUUACCUUCAUGAAUGAACUGGGUGAAUAUCCACCAGGAACUUCAACAUGGCAGUUCAACUUCAGAUUUAACCUCACUCAAUGUCUUCCUGAAGUCUGGAACCCAUAUACAUCACCAGACGCUGGGUUUCUUCCCUGGUGAUGCUCUGCCAGGCCUUUACUGCAGCUGUCUUCAGUUCCUGCUUGUUCUUGGCACGUUUUGCCUUCAGCAAGUCAUAUACAUGCGCAAUUUGAUUCAGGCCCAGUGAUUGACUUGACCAUUGUAGAACAUUCCACUUCUUUCCCUUUGAUUGCUUCUGAAGUUUGCUUUGGCUCAUUGUCUAUCUGCAUUGUGACGUGCUGUCCAAUGAGUUCUUAAGCAUUUGGCUGAAUCUGAGCAGAUAAUAUAGCCCUAAACACCUCAGAAUUCAUCUUGCUGCUUUUGUCAACAGUAGCAUCAUCAAUAAAUACAAAGGAACCAUUUCCCUUGGCAGCCAUACAUGCCUACACCAUAAGAUGUGGUGGUAUGCUUUGGAUCAUGAGCAGUUCCUUUUCUUCUCCAUACCCUACUCUUCUCAUCAUUCAGGUGCAAAUUGAUCUUUGUCUCAUCUCUUCAUAAGAUGUUGUUCCAGAAGUAUACAGGCUUUAAAAAAACAAUGUUAUAGAUGUUUUAGCAGACUCUAAUCUGGUCUUCCUCUUUUGAGGCUUAACAAUGAUUUACAUCUUGUCUCUGUAUUUACUCUGGUGAUAUCUUCUCUUGCUUGUUGACUUUGACACAGAUACGCCUACCUCCUGGAUGGUGUUCUUGAUGUAGCCAACUGAAAAGAAUUCUUCUGUUAUUCAUACCAGUUGUUUUCCAUGGUCUUUCUGGCCUUUUGGGGUUCCUGAGCUGAACAGUGCAUUCUUCCUUUUUAAGAAUGUAUCAAUCAUUGAUUUGGCCAAACCUAAUAUUGAUUUUUCAGCCUAAUGAUGGCUUGUUUUACUGGCAGUGAUAGCUGUUUGGACUUUUGAGAAUUAACAGCAACAGAUUCUAAAUCCAAUGCCACACUUAAAGUCUACACCUUUAUCUACUUUCUUUUAAGUGAAAGAAUGAGGGAGUAGCACACACUUGGCUAUGGAACAGUUGAGCAUAUAGUUGUCCAAUUACAUUUGGUCCUCAAAGGGGGGUCUAUACAAAAAGUGCAGUAUUCCUACUUUCCUGGUGAACGUUUGCACUUUGAGCUCAUAUUCAUUAUUUAAUUUCAAUUCCACACGCACCAUGUGUCAAGUAUUUAGACCCCAUGGUCUGUCUAAAUACUUGAUUCUGAUUGGCUGAAAUGUGUGCGUUCAAACUGUAUAAUGUACAGGUAUUUCCAGUCAGUUUAAUCACCUUUCUAAAUUAAUGUGCUGCCUGUAAAUAACUGUAAACAUAGUAACAUACAGUUGCAGUUGCAUACAGUAGUUAAACUCACAGCUUCAUUAUUAGUAGAGAGGGGCCCAGAUGCAGGUAAUUCACACACACACUCUCUCUCUCUCUCUCUCUCUCUCUCUCUCUCUCUCAAAACUAUUUAUUAUGAUUAAUUCAAAUAAGUGUAAUCUUAUCACACUACUUUCUCUGUAUAUGAUUUGGAGUAAUUGUGUAAUUACUCACACAAUUUUAUAUAUACUGUGUGUAUAUAUACACACAUACACAGGUAAAUCUCAAAAAUACGUGAAUAUUGUGGAAAAGUUAAUUUUUUUCCACAAUUUAAUUCAAGAAGUGAAACUUUAAUAUAUUCUAUAUUCAUUACACAUAAAGUGAAAUAUUUCAAGCCUUUUUUUGUUUUAAUCUUGAUGAUUAUGGCUUACAUCUCAUGGAAAUCAAAAAUCCAGUAUCUCAAAAUAUUAGAAUAAAUAAUUUAUAAUACAGAAAUGUCGACCUUCUGAAAAGUAUGUUCAUUUAUGCGCUCAGUACUUGGUCAGGGCUCCUUUUGUAUGAAUUACUGCAUGAAUGUGGCGUGGCAUGGAGGCAAUCAGCCUGUGGCACUGCUGAGGUGUUAUGGAAGCCCAGGUUGCUUUGAUAGCGGCCUUCAGCUCGUCUGUAUUGUUGGGUCUGGUGUCUCUCAUAGAUUCUCUAUGGGGUUCAGGUCAGGCGAGUCGGCUGGCCAAUCAAGCACAGUAAUACCAUGGUCAGCAAACCAGUUACUAGUAGUUUUGGCACUGUGGGCAGGUGCCAAGUCCUGCUGGAAAAGGAAAUCAGCAUCUCCAUAAAGCUUGUCAGCAGAUGGAAGCAUGAAGUGCUCUAACUCAUCACUGACUGUGGAAACUUCACACUGGACUUCAAGCAACUUGAAUUCUGUGCCUCUCCACUCUUCCUCCAGACUCUGGGACCUUGAUUUCCAAAUGAAAUGCAAAAUUUCUUUCCUCUUCCCCAUGAUUGUGGUUGUGUGUACUGGACCAGACAGAGAUUAAAGGCUCAGGAAACCUUUGCAGGUGUUUUGAGUUAAUUAGCUGAUUAGAGCUCUUCUCGGGUCGACAUUUCUGUAUUAUAAAUUGUUUAUUCUAAUAUUUCGAGAUACUAGAUUUUUUAUUUCCCUGAGCUGUAAGCCGUAGUCAUCAAGAUUAAAACAAAAAAAGUCUUGAAAUAUUUCACUUUGGGUAGUGAAUCUAGAAUAUAUGAAAGCUUCACUUUUUGAAUUAAAUUACGGGAAAAAAAUUACUUUUCCAAUUUUUUUGAGAUGUACCUGUAUGUAUGUGUAUAUAUAAAACAUUAUAUAUGCCAUCUUUUAUAAACCAACAAAUAACCUCGGGUGACCAAAAAAAAAACACAACAGAUUUCAAUAUGUAGUAAUUUUUUCCCAAACAGUAAACCAACAUCCAGAAGCCAAGUGGGUUCAGUACACCCUAUAAUUCUGUAGCAUGUAUAACCACUGUUUGCAACAAUAAACUGAAGUAAAUUUUUUCUGUAGGAAUUUGUUUUAAUCUCAUUUCAUUUUGGAGAAAUUAUGGCCUACUUCUUGCUUCAACAUUGCUUCAGUUUAUUUAUGUUUAAGGGAAUUUGUUUAUGCACAGCUCUCUUAUGAUCCUGUCACAGCAUCUCAGUAGAGUUGAAGUCUGGACUUUGACUUGGCCAUUCCAACACCUUGUUGUUUUUUUUUUCAUUAGCCAUUCAGAUGUCAAAUUGCUGGUGUGCUUGGGAUCAUUGUCCUGUUGCAUGACUCAUUUUUAAGCUUAAGAUUAAGCUGCUGGACAGAUGGCCUCACACUUGUCUCAAGAAUAUUCUGAUAUGAAGUGGAGUUCAUCAUUUUCUCAAUGACUGCAAGUUUUGUAGCUGCAAAACAAGCUCAAAUCAUCACACCUCCACCACCAUACCUGACAGUUGGUAUGAGGUGUUUGUGUUGAUACACUGUGUUUGGUUUUUGCCCAGCAUCUCCACCUAGGUCUCAUCAGUCCAAAGGAUAAUGUUCCAGACCUUUUUGUGGUUUGUUAAGAUGCAAUUUUGCAAACCAUAGUCAUGCUUCUUUUUGUUUGUUUGUUUUGGUUUUUAUGUGCGAAAAAAGGACUCUUCAAUAGUCACCCUUCCCUGAAAGCCAUACUUGUUCAGUCUUUCUGAUUGUGCUGUCAUGAACAUAAACAUUUAAUGUGCUUACAGAGGCCUCACAUGAUGUAGCUCUUGGCGUUUUCUUUAUGUCUCUGAGCAUUAACUGUCCUUGAACUGAAUUUGCUGGGACCGCCCACUCUUGGGAAGAAUGGCAACUGUCUUGAAGGCUCUAUUUGUAAACAAUCCAUCUCAGUGUAGAAUGAGGAAUUUCAAAUUGUUUGGAGAUGGCCUUAUAACCCUUCCCAGAUUGAUGAGUAGCAACACUUGCUUCUCUGAGGUCAUGGCUGAUCUCCGUUCUUCUUGGCAAGAUGUGUGCACACAGCUGGAGCACAAACUGACAGAAGUUCUCCUUUUAUUGAGGGAAGAUAUGUAUGCACAGGAUUCAAUUGAACUACUGACUACAUCAGGUCUCCAGUUCAAAAAGCAUGAAGAAGAAGGCAUUGAGACACUGUAUUUUGCAGAGCUCCUCAUGACUUCAGGUGUGGUGCUCUGUGAAGGGGUCAAGUGGCUGUCGUUCCAUAGUGGCUAUGACUUUGGAUACUUGAUCAAAAUCUUGUCCAACUCAAAGCUGCCAGAGGAAGAAGUUGACUUCUUUGAGAUUCUUCGUUUAUUUUUCCCCAUUAUCUAUGAUGUGAAAUACCUCAUGAAGAGCUGUAAAAACCUGAAGGGUGGCCUGCAGGAGGUAGCUGAGCAGCUGGAUCUGGAGAGGAUUGGGCCUCAGCAUCAGGCAGGCUCAGACUCUCUCCUCACAGGAAUGGCAUUCUUUAAGAUGAGAGAGGUGGGUCAGGAACUGUGCAAUUCAAGUUUGCAUAUGUUUUUUGAGGAUCAUAUCGAUGAUGCAAAGUACUGUGGUCAUUUGUAUGGACUGGGCUCCGGUUCAUCCUACGUCCAGAACGGCACCGGCAAUGCCUAUGAAGAGGAAGCCAACAAGCAGCAGUCAUGACACAACAAGAACCAGCUCACUAUAAAGAACUUCACCUGCAGGGCUUAAAACAUGUUUUUUUUUUUUUAGUUUUUCAUGAGAUGUUCGAUAGGAAUUUGCACUUUAAAGCUCUAAGGAGACUCUUGGUUUUAGAUGAAAAGCUAAAAAAAAAAAACUUCCUCCACUUUGUUGCCUUCUCUACGUUAAUCUUUUGUCACAACACAUUCCUCUUUUAUCAUCAGACAAGAAAAAUAUUGGUGUUUUAUUUUCCCCCUGCAAAGCUCAGCCUAAAGCUACAUUUUAUGUUUUUUUUUUUAUCGUUAAUUUAUUGCAUUCAUUCACACGCUUUGUUGAGUAGCACACAGGCUAUUUCAACCAAAAAAAACAGUAGGCCAGUUACCUACAUGUACAGUUAUUCCCUGAUCCAAGGAGUACCAUGUCGAUAUCUCACAACCCGCAGUAGCUUGAGACAGAUGGAGCGAGAGACAGUCACACACCGGAAGUUCCUGGCACUUGAUGGCACGAGUGAAGCCUUGCACUGAUUUUACCUUUAUGUUGGGCUAACACAGGUUUUACCACAAAAUAGGAGAGUGAUGCAUAACUGCCACUGUUUAAUUGAACUGAGGUCACCUCUUCUGUAUCAAGACUGUCUUCAUUUCAUUUUUAAAAAACUGACUUAAAGGUUUUGUAGAAUUUUAGUAUAAAAUCAAAGCCUUUUAUUCAUUGUGCUAUUUAAAAAAAAAAAAAAAAAAAAACUCUUAACCAACUCAAGUACUCUGUCAGUGGAAUUAUAUUUACCUGUAGCACUGGUUUUUCAUUCAUGCAUGUUUUGUGCUGUUUGGGUUUUGUUUUGUGCAUGUACUGAUAGCGUUUGAAUAAAUGCUGCGUUGAGUCAU